AGACAGCAGUGGGAGAUAGGAGGCGGCUACCUCCUCUCCUGCUGAGGUUCCAGUCAUGUCUCACAGGGGACGCAGGAGAAGGCCUGGUGCUCUGGAGCCUCCUGUGUGCAGCAUCCGGCCUUUCAAGUCCAGCGAACAGUACCUGGAGGCCAUGAAGGAAGACCUGGCGGAGUGGCUUCGGGAUCUCUAUGGGCUGAACAUUGAUGCAGCCAACUUCCUGCAGAUGCUGGAGACGGGCCUGGUGCUGUGCCAGCAUGCCAACACCAUCACAGAGGCUGCCCUGGCCUUCCUGACUGAGGCACCUGCUCGAGCCCAGACGAUUCCCAUGCCCCGGGCUGGGGUUUCCUGCAAUGGGUCUGCCCAGCCAGGUACUUUCCAGGCCAGGGACAACGUCUCCAACUUCAUCCAGUGGUGUCGCAAGGAGAUGGGCAUUCAAGAAGUGCUGAUGUUCGAGACCGAGGACUUGGUGCUGCGGAAGAACGUUAAGAACGUGGUGCUGUGCUUGCUGGAGCUGGGCCGCCGCGCCUGGCGCUUUGGAGUGGCGGCGCCCACCCUGGUGCAGCUGGAAGAGGAGAUCAAUGAGGAGCUGCGGCAGGAGCUGGCUCUGUCCCCGCCCGACCCCCCGCCGACUGCGCCCCCCAAGCGCCAGUCCUGCCACUUCCACAACCUGGACCAGAUGGUGCAGAGCCUCGUGAGUCAUUGUACAUGCCCAGUGCAGUUCUCCAUGGUCAAGGUAUCUGAGGGGAAGUAUCAAGUAGGGGACUCCAACACCCUCAUCUUCAUCCGGAUCCUCCGGAACCACGUGAUGGUGCGUGUGGGGGGCGGCUGGGACACGCUGGGCCAUUAUCUGGACAAACAUGACCCCUGCCGGUGCACGUCCCUCUCACACAAACCGGGCAGCUUCCUAAAGUCACCAAUCCCACCUGUGCAGCAUGAAGUGAGGGUGCAGGAUGGACCCUUGCAGCCCCAGCCUGUGAUGACCAUCAGCCGCUCACAGAGCCCACUGCCUCCAGUGGACUGGAAGACAUAUACCUCUUCAAGCCGAAAGCUGAAGCUCCCUACCUCUACCUCCCCCAGACCCCGUGGUGAACAGGGAGACAUGGCUCCAUUCCUAAGGUUCCAGGAAAGGCCGUUUACCCCACCUCAGAAGCAGCUGUCAGUUGGGCACAGCCCACUCAGUCCCCAGUUCUCACUCACCCGUAGGGGUCAAGACCCACAGAGUAUCCCAUCAGGGAAGAAAGAAGACAAAUGCCCUGGAGAACUUCCAAGGGGAAGGACUACCAUGUCUUGGAUUCAUGAGACAGACAGUCUGGGUACAUAUGCCAGGGUCCCCACCUCCCAGAGACUCCGAGCCCCUGAGGCCACCACCAAAGGGACAUCAGCAAGAGGAUCAUCUCCCCUGCCUCAUUCCUCAAGCCCAGCCAAGCCCAUAGGCCUCUGGCUGCCACUCCGGGGUGCAUCCCCCCAGCUCAAGGAGCCAGCAUCUGUCUGUUCUUCAACCCCUGUCAAAGCACUCACCAAGAUCCCCAUCCGGCUGUCUCCUGCCCGACCUCUCACCCCAGGAAGAAGCCUUCCAGGUACUGAAAUUGGAGGUCCUAUGGCAGAAGUGGGAAGAGGCCCUAUCCCAGCAAGGGCUGUCACUGGGGACCUGGCUGGAUCUAGACAUGCGGACUGCUUUGUGGAAGUAAGGCAGGGGAACCAGCAGCCAGACAUCCAGGACACUGCAGAGGCUGGGGAGCCCCAGGGCUUAGGCCCACAGGAGUGGGAGGGCAGGCAUACCUCCCUGCCCCUGGGCAGGCCCAAGGAGCAAGCCAUCUACCAUAGUCUUGAAGAGGAACUUGUGGCCAACAUGAAGCUGCUCGAGAUAGGGGGUGCCUGUCCCCAGGAUUCAGGGUCUCGAGUCAUCCCUCGAAGUGGAGUAUAUGUACCCAGCCUGGGUGGGCGGUGGCCUGAGCCUGGAGGUCUUUAUGACAAAGUCAUCCAAGAACUGACUCAGGGCCCCCCACCUCUCCUUAAAGUGGACCAGGGAGCCUGGAAGGCAGCCCAUACAGACCACGCUAGGCCAGCUGUUGCUGCCAUCCCAGGAAGCCCAAAAGGGAAGUUGGGAGCCAGAGAGAGCAGGCCAAGGACAAAGGCAAGCCUGAGUGCCAGAGGCACCAAGAUGAGAAAUGUCUCACCUCCAGAAAGUCAGAACAGCUCAGUGCCUACUGUGUCUGCCAGUCUGGAGGUCCCCAUAUCUUCACCCUCAGACCCCAGUUCUGACAAAGUCAAGGCAUGUCUGGGCAAGGGCAAGAGAACACUCCGUAAGCCCCAGAGAGUCCCAUCCAUCUACAAGCUGAAGCUGAACCUCAGGAUCCAGCCUCGGAGAGAUCACAGACCUGAGAAGCAGCCUUCACGAAUCCCCAAGCCACUGGCCUAUUUCCACCUGGGUCCAGCCAAGGCACCCCCAAAGGGCAGGCUGUUGAGAGCUGCACUGAGCAACAAAGGAGGGCGAGCAUCACAGGUGGAUGGAACUUCAACAGGUGAAAAGGAGGAGGAAGAAAAGGAGAAGAAAGAGCCAGCCCAUCCACUGGAGAGCAGACCCCAGCCUUUGGAGGGCCAGGGCCCUCAGCAGCUUCCUCAAGCCCCACCUCCACUGGAGGAGGAAUCCUGGGUCUGA